GGGCCGGAGACUGGGGGAUGGGGGGGGCGGGGGAGGGCAAGGAGCCGGAGACCGGACGCGGCCGGUUUGCGACGCUCCUCGGGGCCGGGGAGACGGGGUUCGGGGGCCGGGGCCGGAUGCUGACGCUCCCCGGGGCCGGGCGCACUCACCGCGGCCGCCUCUGCCCGGCUGUGCAGCCCCCGGCCCGGCGCCCGGCCUCGGCCGGCGGACCCGCUUCCGCCCCGCCGCUCCUGCCGCCGCGUCUCUAUGAUGGAGCCCGCCAGGCUGACGCCUCGAGCCCUGAGGCAUCGAUAGCCGCCGAACGCCGAGCACGCGGCAGCCUGCAUCGGCAGUUGCUGCGCCUGCGCGCACCGAGCUCGCUCGAAACAGCGCCCCAGGCGGCCGGGAGGGGCGGCGGCCUUGCACGGCAGCCAGUGGGCGGGGCCGAGACCUACGCUCGCUGUAGAACGGCGGGUUCGAGACCUGGCGCUGCCGCUGGCAGCGGCUGGGGCCCUGGGUUAGGGGGGUCACGGACGAAGAACCAGAGGCCAACUAGGACUCUGCUUCCGGGCGACACUGGUCAGUGGACUCUGACCCAGGGCUUGGCCGUCCUGCCCUGGGCCUCCCCCACUCUGGUCACUGCCACUGCCAUGCUGACCCCCAGGACUGCUCUCCUCUUGACUCUGCUCCUGGCUGGGGGCUCCCUGAGCAGGAGGGCUCGGAGACCCCCUCGACCCGCGUCUCCCAUCGGUACUAUCCAGCCGGAGGCCAACUUUGAUGUUCAGCAGUUCGCAGGGACGUGGCUCCUUGUGGCGGUGGCCUCCUCGUGCCGCUUCCUGCAGGAGCAGGGCCACCGGGCUGAGGCCACCGCACUGCGUGUGGCUCCCCAGGGCGCAGCCAUGGCCGUCAGCACCUUCCGGAAGCUGGAUGGGAUGUGCUGGCAGGUACGGCAGCUCUACAGAGACACAGGAGUCGCGGGGCAUUUCCUGCUCCAAGCCCGAGGUGCCCGUGGGCCGGCAGACGUGGUCGUCGGGGAGACAGACUACCGAGGCUUCGCCAUCCUGUACCUGGAGCGGGCGCGGCAGCUGUCGGUGAAGCUGUACGCCCGCUCACUCCCCCCGAGUGACGCGGCCCUGAGUGCAUUCGAGCAGCGGAUCCAGAGGGUCAACCUGACCGAGGACCAGAUCUUGUUCUUUCCCAAGUAUGGUUUCUGCGAGGCCGCAGACCAGUUCCACGUCCUGGAUGAAGGGAGGAGGUGAGUCCAGGGGGCAGCCCUGAACUCGAAGGGAGUGAAGACCCUGAAGGUGACGGCCCCCGCUGCCCCGUUCACUGAGCCCCGGCACCCCGCGGGGCAGGGCCACCCAGGGGGGACUGGAGCUGCGCACCGCCCACGGGAGCGCAGGGGCGCUGCUUUCAUUAAACGCUGUCUGUCCUGGCCCCUGA